UCCUGCCUCCUCCCUUACAGGUCAUGUUCAUCUCACCGACUUCAAUAUAGCGACGGUGCUGAGGGCGGGUCAGUUGGCGACCUCCAUGUCGGGCACCAAGCCGUAUAUGGCUCCGGAGGUGUUCGAAUGCGUGGCGGACGCGUGCGAGGGCUACGGCUACGGCGUGGAUUGGUGGUCGCUGGGGGUGACGGCCUACGAGGUGCGGCGAGGCAAGAGGCCCUUCGACAUCCACUCGAACACCUCCCUGCAGGAGAUCCGUCUCAUGUUCGGCCAGACGCCCACCUUCCCGUCCUCCUGUCACCCUGGCCUCGUCCACCUCAUCUCCAGGCUGCUGACGGUGAGUGCGGAGAAGCGCAUCAGGUGCCUGGAGGAGCUGGUGCAGCUGCCCUACGCCGCUGCGGUCUCCUUGGACGACGUUAUCCACAAGAGGAUCAAACCUGCGUUUACACCCCCGAAAGACCACCUCAACUGCGACCCGACCUUCGAGCUGGAGGAGAUGAUCAUAGAGUCGAGACCCUUGCACAAGAAGAAGAAGAGACUGUCCAAACAAAAGAGCAUCAGGGAGACGCAGAGCUCCAUAUCCGGCACCACUGAAGGAGAAGCCGUGGUGUACGAGAGGAUGUUGGUCUUCAACCGCGAGCAGGUGCAGGCCAAGAGGGCCAGGGAGAGGAGAGAGGCGGAGUGGCAGGCGGAGCUGGAGGAGAGCAUGAAGAUGUCCGACCCGACGGGGCACGGUUGCAACUUCGCUGGGUCGAACACCGCCACCCCCGUCAAACAGCGCUCCAGGUCCUACAAGGAGCCCAUCGAGAGGAGGCACAAGGAGGACCUCCAAGAAGCAGCAGCAGCGAGGGCCAUCUCCUCGCCCUCGACGGCCUGCUCAUCCUCGGCGUCGUCUCUCCUCCCAGCUUCACCGACCGAUCGCUCCACGCUGCCCAAGAUCGCUGUGUCGCCCUCGAACGUCAAGGCGCGCAUUGCUGGCUCUCCGAAGGUCAAAGUGAGGGGAACUACAGUAACUAUUGAGUCCCCUCGUUCUUCCUCCAGUCUCACCAAGAGCAGCACACAGCAGCUAAAGGAGCGACUCAAGGAGCUGAAGGCUGACCAACACCGCCACGGGGACUCAGGCUCUGAAACCGAAUACUCUGGCAUGACCCAGAGCGACGACCUCACACUCUCCGGCCGUAGGUCACCCUCGAGGUCCCCAGACAGGUCGCAAAGGAGGUCAGCCAGCAAGUCUCCAGACAGACCUCAGAGAAGAUCGGCAAGUGGAUCGCCGAAGAGGUCGUCUCGAAGAUCGACCAGCGGAUCCUGCAGGAGGUCCCCAGGCAGGUCUUCCAGGAAGCUCGCUGGAAAGUCCCCGAAAAAGGGGGCCCAGAAGAGUUCCUCUGUGCCUCAGGAGGUUGAAGCUAAAGAGACGACCUCGACAUCUUUGGAAAAGUUGCCACAAGAUGCCUCCUUUGCUCAAGAGAGCUCCAGGAGUGAAAACAAAGGUAUCGCCAGGCCGGUGUCGCUUCCUGCUGCAGUCUGCCACGAAUUCCAGCAGUUCUCCAAUUUGAGGAUUUCAGCGCCGCCAGAGAUUUCCUCCAGCAAGCACAGCAAUUCACACGAGUCUAGUAUAUCUACGAAAGAUCAAAAUAUCUUGGAAGCCACUGACGUCUCAAAACAUAAUCCUCCCACUGAAGAAACACAGCGGAUGGUGAAUGAUCCGUUAAAGUCAGUUUUGACAAAUGGUAGUCUAACUAGUACGCAAAUCUUGAGUAAGUCUCCGGUUGUCCAAGGCCUCACGCUGGAGGACAAGGGAUCUGAAGCUAAGGAGGACAAUCAGCUGGAACGGAGGAGGAGGCACUCAAUGGAGCCUCUUAGAAAAUCGAUAGAUAGAAGCAAGAGGUUUUCUGAAAGCCACAGAAGUUCGUCUGUUACAGGCAAGAUGGGGACACAGAGCUGGAGAACCUCUUUCGAAAUCCAGAGAAAUGUAUCAGAGGCGGGUAGUAAGGCGACCGAUGUCCUUAAAAGAUCCUCGUUACCAAGCAAGAGAAAUCCGGAUAAUUGGAAUUACUCGCCCGAUGUCCGAAAAAGAUGCUCCUUGCCGAGUAAGAGAGAUCCGGAUAACUGGAGAAACUCAUUCGAACUUGAGAAGAAUGCGCCUGAGCCUAAAGUAACCGUACCAGAGAUUCCGAAGAACGCAGCAGAAACUGGCAGUGUUUCUUGCGAUAUCACGAAGAGACCCUCUUUCCGUAACAAGAGAGAUCCGGAUGGCUGGAGUAACUCGGCCGACGUCCGUAAAAGAGCCUCUUUACCGUGCAAGAAGGAUCCGGAUAGCUGGAGUAACCUGCCCGAUGUCAGAAAAAGGUGUUCGUUACCUAGUAAGAGAGAUCCGGAUAACUGGAGGAAGUCGCUCGAAAUCCAGAGGGACGCGUCUAUAAAAGCCAAACACUCGCCAGAGUAUGGCACAACGCCCCCGGGUGUUCGAAAAUCUUUAUGCGAAACAGGACACAGAGAGAGUAGCGAGAACCUAAACAAAGCUUGCGAGAAAUCCAGUGAAAGCCUUAGACAAUCGUUCGGUGAAAGCAAAAGCCGAAACUCUUCCAUCACUCGCAAGGCGUCGAUCGAAGGUGUUAAUAAUGACCAGCUUCGUACCAGCAACACAGCGCCCGAAGUCAGCAAGGAGCAGACCAUCAAGCCGCCAUCCGCCUCUCACGAACCCGGAAACGACAACACUGAUGAAGGAAUCGAACUGAGCUGCUGAAAAGGAGUCGAAAAAGAAUUAAGAACGACCCCGUGUUCUGAACACUGGCCACUGGACAAAUACUCGUUAAUCCUUCAGCUCGUCUCCCUACUGGUGGAUGAAGGGAACUCUACCUGUCAACAUCCGAUGAGGUUACCAUCAGUUUUCAUAGCGGGGAAAAAUGUACAACUGCGCCUUUUGGGAGGGCAGGAGCUUGGCCAAGCUUGGCAGGAGCUUGGCCAAGCUUGGCAGGCGCUUGGACAAACUUGGACAAGCUUGACGCGGGGAUGAGGUCAGGAACAACCACAUAGCCUUGUCGAGCACAGCUUAAAAAGAUCAAAUGUGUAUAGUGACCUUCCAUUAAUUUUGUCCCCUUCCAGUGGAAGUUAGUGGUUCGUCGGUUCUGAUAUUCUGAACCUCCACUUACUGCUUGACAAUCUCGCCACACGUCUUGUGAAUUCAACGACUCAUCCCAGUGUUCUCAAGAUACAGGUGGCCAGCAUCCCACAACGUUUAAGACGUGUGUUGCUGGGCACACGUCUUAAAGUCCGACGUCGCAGCGUAAACUCGACCUCGUGUGCAUAAACCUAUGGGAAAGUGUACUUUCCCUUCUCUCUGCAUAUAAACUGCCAGUUUACUUCAGUAUUGGACUACAAGGUAUACUUGCUAGGAGCCCAAGCUAAAAGGAUCAAAUUACAAUCGACGAGUUGCAGCCCAAUCACUUCCGUGACAAAAGUAUUGUUGCAUUAAUUCCAUGCAUUAAAUAACGCAACUCGGAGGAGGCUAAAAAUGUCCCCCCAAGCUGAGUGCGUUGCACCUGAAUAUUGCAAGUGUGCGUCGCUAAGUUCUGUAAUGGCUGCUUCAGGGAGCUCCACUUCCACUGAAAUGUACGCAAUUAAAAUGCUGUACUUUUCUGUACUGAUCUCCCGUGACGUCAUGCUAAUUUGGCCACAGGUCAGCGAGUUAGCCUCAGUUUCAGGGGUCAAUAGAUUCAAAAAUAAAAAUGGUUCUAUUUCAAUAAAACUUUUUUGAUGUGUUAUAUAUGAAAAAGGGUUCCCACCAAACACACACCGAAACUACGACGUUGGUACAACGUUCGAACAAGUUUUAACACCUCCUAACCAGUUAUAACAACCAAUAUAGCAAGUUGUAACAACGUUCUAAUACGUUAUAAACACGUUAA